UAUAUCAACAUACGCGUAUUUUCUUAAGUUUACUUGAAGAUUUUCAAAAAAGAAAAUUAUAUAUUUUUCUAGUAAAUUUAGUGAUCCAUAGAUAAUAUAGAUAAUGUCCGAAGAUGUGGAAUAUGGGGCGAGGGAAGACAGAACCAAUUACAGUGCAAUAACUUGUGAACAGAUCCCCGAGUUAUUUUUAGAUAAAAUAGUUGCAAAAAAACAUUUCAGUAAAUUUGGGAAGAUCAAAAAAUUUAUCUUAAGACCGAAGCGUUUGAUUUGCACUGUGGAAUAUGGUAAGGAGGAUGCGGAAAACGCUUUCGAAAAUGCGGGUAGAUUCAAUGGUGUAGAUUUUAUAGUUAAUUAUGCUGAACAUGAAGUGGCUCAUGUACAAAAUACGGAAGAAUGGGUUGAUCCAGACGUGCAAGCCGAAUUAGAGGCAAUGUCUCCGGGACAUAGACUUGGAGCAAGCUUAAAAACAUCGAAGGGAUUGAUGGCCCUUAUUGCAAAAUCCAAUGUUUUGAAUCGUUUUCCUAAACAAACAAACGCAUUGGCUCAUCCAAAUAUUUCACUAAAGGUUAGACAGAACUCUCCCCAACCGGAAAUAAAAGUUGAUAGUAUGGUCCGCAACGAAUUGGAAGCUAUAUUAAAAACUCCAGCUUUCACACAUGAAGAAAAGUAUAGAGUUUUAGAGGCAAGAGAUAAAUUAAUACGUUUGACGACUGUUCGACAGACAGAUAUUAGGAAGGCAGUGGCAGCAAAGGGAACUUGUCCUGAUAUGUGUCCAGAAAAAGAAAGAUUGAUGAGAGAAUUCCAGAGGCAGGUUUCCACUUUUGAGAUGGCUGAAGAGGAAGGCAGUGAAUCUACAAUUUCACAUAGAAAGGCAGUAAAGGAAUAUUCUCGUAGUAGUGCAGACCAAGAAGUGCCUCUCUCGCAUGAAUUAAGAUCUGAAUCUGUUUUACAAAUGACAAUGUUAUAUUUGGUACACCGUAUAAUGGGUUUAUGUGAUGAUCCUAAAACUUCCUUGGGAGACUGGUUUCAUUUCGUAUGGGAUCGAACACGCUCCAUAAGGAAAGACAUAACUCAGCAAGAACUAUGUUCUUUGGGAGCGGUACAAUUAGUCGAACAGUGUGCAAGAUUCCAUAUACAUUGUGCUGCACGUUUAGUUGCUGAAGAUCCUUCAGUUUUUGAUAAAAAAAUAAACGCCGAGAAUUUAACAAAAUGCCUGCAAACAUUAAAAUAUAUGUAUCACGAUUUAAGAAUCAAGGGAAUUGUAUGUCCUUGUGAAGCUGAGUUUCGAAGCUAUGUCAUACUUUUAAAUUUGGGAGACUCAAAUUUCUUGUGGGAAGUAAAGCAGCUGCCAGAGUUCAUCCAAAAGAGUGUAGAAAUAAAGCGUGCAAUUGCUUUUUAUAAUGCUUUACAGAAUAACAACUUUGUUCGAUUUUUUUCAAUGAUCAAGUCAAAUAAAACAUCCUACUUGUCUGCAUGUAUUUUAUUAGGAUAUUUUACAAAGCUACGAGUAAGAGCAAUGGACGCAAUCAUAAAAUCUCACAAUUGGCGUAAGAAUGAUGUAUAUUUGCCGUUAUCGUAUUUGACCCGUAUUCUGGGAUUUGACGAUGAAUCCUCUGCAGUAAGCUUUUUUCAUCACUAUGGCCUUAAUUGUGAUAUCUUGGAGAACAGAGUAUUAAUAGAUCGUUUAGUUAAACCAGACGUGGAAUAUGCAAUGGAUAGAGCACUACAGCUUGUAGAGUCUAAGCGAAUUACAUCUGUAGGUGAAUGUGUUUUUGGACAAACAUUACCACCGGCAUCUUUAUUCGAACAUCAUCAGCCACACAAUAGUUUUGAUGUAAAUGGCAUGCUUAAUAUCGAAUCGUGGACAGCAGAUGACCAAUUAAGGGGGGUACACUCUGAAACGAAGGUUCAAAAUAUACCGCAGAAUGAUACUUCCUUCAAAGCUUUAUCUGCACGCAGCGACACAAAUUUGUUUAAAAUACCACAAAUAAUAGAUCCUAUAUCUCCCAAACAACAAAGACAACAUGAACAAAAAGCCCCCGAAGACACACAAAUAAAAGUAUUUGAUACAAUAAUUGUAAAGAAAGAAGAAAAAUUUUCACCAGGGGGUUUUAAAUUUAGCGGCAAUAUUUUUGCGACAACCACUACAAAUGAAUCUAUUUUUAAGACCGAUACAAGACCUGAACAAUCUUCGUUUCUUAACACAAUAUCUAAGUCCAAUACCGAAAACCCUAUAUCGGAUGUUUUUGGUGUAGUCGCAACAAAAAGUCAAUCAAAAAGUGCAAACAUUUUUGGUGAAGCUGCAAGAGAAACGGUUAACAUUUUCCAAAACCAACACAUUUCUAAAGACUUAUCUAAAGUGGACAAUGUAUUUCAGCACUUUCAAAGCAUCAAAGAACUCCCUAAUUGCCCACACAAUUCAAGUGAAAACAAUAUUAAAGGCAAUAACAGUUUGAUACAAAUUAGUGAAAAAAAUAUUGCUUUAAAAACGGAACUUAAAGAAAAAAUUGAAAAAAUUCAAGAAGAAACAAAUAAACUCAGAGAUUUAGAAGAGAAAUGUUUAAGAGAAAAACGAAAACAGGAAGAAGAUCAUGAAAGACAAAGACUGGAUCAACUGAAAAUUAUUUUAAAAGAAAAAUCAAAACAAGAAACAGAAAUAAUUAUAAUUCAUUCAAUUGAAGAAGAAAUAUCUAGAAUAGCACAAGCUGAAAUUCUUGUUUAUCAAGCGGUAAAACAAGCUUCAGAUCUGCAAAUAGAAUUAUUAAUCACCGAAGUUGUAAACGAGUGUGUCGACGAAAUUGCGCAUGAAGAAUAUGCGUUAAUGUGUUAUGACCAAUUGCUAUUGCAUCGCUAUUUUAGCAGAUGGUUACUGCACUUACGCAAGAAAAAAGAACAAAGGAGAUUGAUAGAAAACACUCCGCUAUGGGUCACCACAGAUACACGAGCACAAUUUGCGCAAGCUAUCGAACAUCCUAGCCAGCAGAAGAACUUAGGAAUGAUUAAACGUUAUCGUUUGGGUCAGCCUUGUGAUUUUCAAAAAAUUUUAAACUUAGAGCGAGAUGUUUUGCAUGAUGAAAAUCAGAAUCCGAUAAAUUUAUUUGCUUUAGUGGGUCAGCAUUUACUUGGAAAACGAAACUUCCCAUCGUGCGGUGUUUUACAACAAAGGAAAUACUUUAAGUUUCUUAUAACUCUACCUGAAAGCAACGAGGAACUACUCGGAUUUGGAAGUUUUUCUAACAAAUGGUUAAGAAAAUUUAUAGAAAAGUCUCAAACUGAAAUCGGACCUUUUGUUCAAGGUAUUGAGCAUAACGUAGCUUUGUGUGUGCGAAAAUUGAAUGGCAUAAUUCCCAAAAAUGAACAAGGAGAUAUAGUGACAACUGAAGGGGACCAUAACGAUGGUAUAGUAUGUUUCAUUUCUGGAAUCGAAAUUGAAAGGCAUAGCCGUAAGCGUCUUUUGAACUUACUAAAAAUAACAAAAAAUUUGAAGCGUGUUCCGCUAGCAGUUAUUGCAUAUAACUGCCCGUACAAUAUAGAACAACUUGCUGAAAUGUUAUGUUUAGAUAUGUUGCAAGAAGAAGGUUUAAUAUAUUCCUAUAAAAUUUUUGGAUGUCGAAUAAGUAGAAAAGAUUUCAGUUUUCGAAAAUUAUUUAUAAAUGCUAUUGAUUUUAUAACAAAAGAAAGUUAUUUAUUAAAUUUUAAUGAAGUACAUGCUUUAGCUAUGCAAAAAGUUUUACCUUUUCUAGAAACUUCGCUUGGCGAGGAAAUGUGGCAACGAUGGCUCGAGUCUGCUAAGGGAAAUCCAAUUUUUAACAAAAUCUGUUGUCAACCUAAACAUGUAGUGGGCAUAUUUCACAAAUCUUUGGACCAUUUAUUGCAUAUUACACAAGAAGAUUUUGAGGAGAUGCCAGAAUUUCCUACGGAAUUAAAAGAAUUUGUCUCGGAAAAUACAGAAAAUAACAUUCCCCUGGGGUUGGAGUGUUUUCCUAUUAACUGGAAAACAGAAGCAAAAGCCAGUGUUAUUAAAAACUUUCUAGAAAGUCUAUACUUGCCUGAUAUAGAAGAAAGAAUUCCUGAAAAUAUUGAAGACUUAAAAUUAUGGAUACUGAAUUAUACCUCAAAAUGCAUCAAAGACGAUGAGCUAGUAUCUGCAAAUGCGUCGUACGAAGCUAUAACAAAUCUUGUCAAUCAAAUCAAAUUUCAAUAUUUGCAGAACAUAGAAUUAACUUCAACGGUGGGCAUGGUGAAUUAUUUGACGAUUAUUAAACCUAUUGUAUUUGCACAUAUCAAUAAAAUGCUAAGACGUUUUCAUAAUGAUCUUAUAAACAUAAACGUUGUAUACCUCAAAGAUGACUUUAAAAACUACCUUACACAACCCUGGUGGCUUAAUUAUGGACCUUUAAAUUUAAUAACUGUUGAUUACAAUAAAACUCCCUCUUGUUUACCACAGGAUCGAUCAUUACGGCAAAAGAACAAUGAAAAUUGUGUUUCGGCGGAAGCUAUUGACAAUAUUAUAGCUAAGGCAGAAUUAACUUCUCGUAAAGCAGAAGAAAACAUAUCAAGAUUUAAAAAGAGUAUACGGCAUAAAAUUCCUUCCUUAAAUAUGUCAUCGAAUUUGCAACUUAAGCGGACAUUAGACGAUUCACUUUAUCAAUUCGAAUUGGCGAAGAAAAUUGGUCAAUAUGAUGAUUCGUACCUAACGGAUUUAACACACGACAUUGACAAAUCUAUCAAUGUGGUUAUGAACCAAUCAUCCCAUACAACGCAAAAGAGAAAAAGGCAAAAUUUAAAAUCUCCUAACAGAUUUUCAGAUAUUGAUAAUGCUAUAGCCAAAGCAAAGAAUUUAAUAAAAAAAAUUGAAUCUAUGGAAGACGAGAAUUUAAGAAGAAAAAGUAUUAAAAAAUAAUAUUAGGAAUAGCACUUAUAUACCUAUCAAGAUAUGUAAUUUAAAUAAAAUCAGGCUUCAUUUGUAAAAUUUUAA